AUGGCCUUGCAAGAAACUCAUUGGAGCAUUCAAGGGGAGUGGCAGUCAGGGGAUUGGUACUUGGUUCAUAGCCCUGCACCAAAACCGAAGCAAGGCGGGGUGCUUCUGGGUAUCCGAAAGGAUCUGCUUGCUUCCACACAUUACAGUUGGAAUGAGCUGGUGCCAGGACGAUUGCUGCAUUGGCGCGGGUGCAUCGGCAAGCAAGCCUGUGACAUUUUUAACAUGUAUCAGCAUGCCCUGACACACAAGACGGAAGAGCAGAAGCAGAUGACGAUGAAAAAUCGCCGAGGAGUCUGGCAACAGCUGGAUCGCGCAUUAUCUGCCUUGCCUUUCCGUUCUUCCAUUGUGCUUCUGGGAGACUUUAACAUGGUUCUCCAGCCGCUUGCCAGGGUUUCGGGUAAAGGCAUUCAUCUUGGCAGCCAAAAUCUGGAACUCCGCCAAGAGAGGAGUGAUGUAAUGGAAAUCCUGGAACGUCAUCGACUAGUGGCCCUGAACACUUGGGGAAAGAAGCAGUGCACGUACAAGCAUCCUUCGGGAAAUUCGCAGAUCGACUAUGUCCUCAUCAGACAACAGCAAGCGGACAAAAUUUCCAGAACAUGUGGCCCUGUUUCCGCACCAAUUGCGAGCUGGCGUACAGCGGGGCAUGAGAUCCUUCUGGCAAGUUUCCCCCAGUCAUGGCAGCCGUGGAAGACACGAGAUCACCGAGCUGCACAAGCGGGACACUCGGCGAAGUCUCUUGAAACCAUCGCUGGCAUGCAACAGCCUAGUCUUGCGGCGCUCCAAGCCUCCUUGCAGCAGCAUCAUAACGUUUCCUCUGUUAAACUUGUCAAGCCGGCGCUUCGGGAUGUGAAUGGUGAGGUGCUUGCUAUUUGGAGGGAUCUGGCUAGGGCUAGGUUUCGGUACUCCAGGGAUAGACUGGGGCGCUUGUUUGGGGCAUGGCAGCUGGCACUGCUCAAAAUUCGAGCGCGCCGCAACAUCAAGCGAAUUGCCAGACAGCGCAAGCGGGAGCAGAUUCUGAGUAUUUUGGCUAUGGCGGAGUCAGCGGGAGAACAGCAUCAAUCUCGAGACUACUAUAAGUAUGUACGUAUGUUGGCUCCCAAAACACAGAACCGCAAGAUCUGCCUUCGAGAUUCUGAUGGUCAGCUGCAAAAUCCGGCCCAGGAAUGUGAUCAGUUGACGACCUAUGUUCAGGGACUUUUCGCGGGACCGGCCUAUGAGCUGCCAGAUCUUGCACCUUUGCCUGAAGAGUGGUUUGUCGCACCAGAGUGGGAGGAUGCCAUUAAGCACAUGAAGAGUCAUAAGGCUGUUCAGCUGGCUUGGUUACCCAAGCCGGGGAAAAGCACGGCCAUCCCGGCGAACCUACGAACGAUUGGGCUAAUGGGCUGUGACUCCAAAGCAUGGCUCUACAUUCUGAAAAAGCACGCGAACCCUUUUGUUCAAACUGCUCUUCGGGACAUUCCACAAUAUGCAUACAGGGUGCAAGCCUCUACCUCGGAUCCGCUGCUCAGGGCUAGCAAACAUUGUCAUACAGUGCGUGAGAUGCUGGCUAGCUGCCAGGAUGAUUUGACUUCCCGCCUAGCAAACCAAAAUCAAACAUUGCUGAUUGGCGGGAUGAUGGCCAGUUUGGAUCUGUCAAAAGCUUUUGAUUCCAUCACUCAUGAGGAGAUGUAUCUAGCUUUGAUUGAUACUGGCAUGCCUGAAAAUUUGGCUGGAAUGCUGCUGAGGAUACACAUGAACACAACGCUCCAUGUAGUUCACAAAGGAUGCGAGCGCAAGGUCAGCAUGGGCAAAGAUUUGCGUCAGGGCUGCGGAGUCGCGCCGAUGAUCUAUGCAGCAUGGACAUGUCGAUUGUGCAAGCAGCUUGCCAAGCAUCUUGGAGUAGGAUGGCAUCAACGACAUAAGUCGAUAUAUGCUGAUGACAAGCAUGGCUUCUGGGAAAUUCGUAGUCUUGGAGAUCUGGAUAAGGCGCGCAAGGCUCUGGGAACCAUGAUACAGGUCAUCACUUCACUUGGCAUGACUGUCAACAGUGCCAAAUCUCGCAUUGUCAUUGCUCUGAAAGGAAUAUGCACUUGA